CUAAAAACAGAAUAAGGUUAGAUACAGUCCCAUAAAAAACAAAUUUAUAUAUUAUAAGUUUGAGACUUGAGAGAGUAGCUCUCCUCUUAUCCUUAUUUUUGACAUGGCAGCUACCUCAUUGAGGAGAUUAAGGUUUGGAAGAUUGGGUUGUUGGGUUCCUAGGAGGGAGUUUUCCACUUGUGAUGACAAGGUUGUUGUCCAGCAAAAUGGGAAAUCCAUGAACCUUUACUCUGCCAUCAACCAAGCUCUUCACAUAGCCUUGGAAACCGAUCCUAGAGCUUACGUAUUUGGGGAAGAUGUAGGCUUUGGUGGGGUAUUCCGUUGCACGACAGGAUUAGCUGAUCGAUUUGGUAAAAGUAGGGUUUUCAAUACCCCUCUUUGUGAACAGGGCAUCGUUGGGUUUGGUAUCGGUCUAGCAGCAAUGGGCAAUCGGGCCAUAGCAGAAAUCCAAUUUGCAGAUUAUAUUUUUCCUGCGUUUGAUCAGAUUGUUAAUGAAGCUGCGAAGUUCAGAUACCGUAGCGGGAAUCAAUUUAAUUGUGGAGGUUUAACAAUAAGAACCCCUUAUGGAGCUGUGGGCCAUGGUGGACAUUAUCACUCACAGUCCCCUGAAGCUUUCUUCUGUCAUGUUCCUGGUAUUAAAGUGAUCAUCCCUCGAAGCCCGCAGCAAGCAAAAGGUUUGUUGCUAUCCUGCAUCCGUGAUCCAAAUCCUGUUGUAUUUUUUGAACCAAAGUGGCUCUACCGUUUGGCAGUAGAAGAGGUUCCCGAGCAUGAUUACAUGUUGCCUCUAUCAGAGGCAGAGGUGAUUCGAGAAGGCAGUGACAUUACACUUGUUGGGUGGGGAGCUCAGUUAUCUAUAAUGGAACAGGCCUGUCUUGAUGCUGAAAAGGAAGGAAUUUCUUGUGAACUGAUAGACCUGAAGACUCUAAUACCUUGGGAUAAGGAAACUGUAGAAGCAUCUGUCAGAAAGACUGGAAGACUUCUUAUUAGUCAUGAAGCUCCAGUUACAGGAGGUUUUGGUGCCGAAAUUUCUGCUUCUAUUGUUGAACGUUGUUUCUUAAGGUUAGAAGCCCCUGUAGCCAGAGUAUGUGGUCUGGACACCCCCUUCCCUCUUGUUUUUGAACCAUUCUAUAUGCCUACAAAGAACAAGAUAUUGGACACGAUCAAAUCAACUGUAAAUUACUAGGUGCACAUCGGACUGUCCUGCUAUAUUCUAAAGAUGUAUCAUGGUCAUUAUCACCAUGUUGUCAUUUACAUGUACAAAUAAUCCUCACAUCUGGGCUAUCUAACGACAAUAAACACAUCAAAAAGAAAUUUGAAGUGCACUGUCCAUUUUCAAUCUCUUCUAAAUGUGAAAAAAAAAGACUGCAAUUAAAGGGUUUAAUACCCAGAA